UGUUUGAUAUCGAACAGAUUCGAGAAUAUCACCUUCUGGAGGAGCGAGGCUGCUGUUGACAAGAAGCAUAGUAAUGGGUUGAUACAGGUUAUCAUUUUUGAAGCCGCGGAUCGUAAUAAUAUCGGUGGUUCUGCUUAUGGGGGACAGAGAUCUAUAUGUUGCACCCCUGAUCUUGCUAAGAUGGAAGGUUGUAAGCAAGGUGAAGUCAUUAGGAGACCUUGUGCCACAGAUGUUAAUUGGCCCAUUGUUAUAAAUGUACACUUCAGAAGGAACAGUCUCUCUAAAAGUAUGGAUUAUAAAGAGAUUUUGAUCACGAAAACGGGGAUGUAUAACUUGUUUUUUGUAGCCUGUGAUCCAAAGCUGAAGGAAAUAGUAAUGAGCGGGAAGACGGUAUGGAAAAGCCCCGAUGGUUAUCUACCUGGUCGUAUGGCUCCACUGAUGAAAUUUUACGUGUAUAUGGCACUUGCUUAUGUGCUGAUUGGUGUAAUUUGGCUCACUCAGUAUGUGAGGUUCUGGAAGGAUAUUCUGCAACUUCAGCAUUGCAUCACGGCUGUCAUUGCUCUUGGAUUGUUUGAGAUGAUUCUUUGGUAUUCCGACUAUGUCAAUUUUAAUAAUACAGGGAUGAGGCAAGUUUUUCUUACGACAUUAGUUGUAACAGUUGGAGCUGUGAGAAAAACAGUUUCCCGUCUCCUUAUCCUCACUGUUUCUAUGGGCUAUGGUGUAGUACGGCCUACUCUUGGGGAUCUUACCUCCAAGGUGCUUCUGCUUGGAAUAACAUUUUUUCUGGCAACAGGGUUGCUUAACAUUACCGAGUUUGUUGGGACAAUUAAUGAUACAAAGAGAAGCUCUGUCAAGUUGGAAAUGUAUAGGAAGUUCUCAAAUGCAUUAGCAGUGACAGUCAUUGCCUCAGUUGCAUGGAUAGCUUAUGAGGUGUACUUCAAAGCAACAGAUCCCUUCAAUGAGAAGUGGUCAAGUGGCAUAGUGCUUGGAUCAUCACUGCUUUCUGGGAUAUUCUUGCAUUUGCAUUGCUGA